AUGAGCUCGCCAAAAUCGGGCCUCACACGCCUUUGGAUUCUCAUUCCUGGCAGCCAUGCGCACUACAACGAGCCGUCACCGCGACGGGCUGUCACAGCCAUUCGGCGUCUAAUCCCUUUAUGUUUAAUGCUACAUACCUCGUCGUCCUCGGCGCCCGAUGCAACGUCCCAGCAACCGAUCCUCAGCCAGAUUCACCACACCAUAUAUCACGCACCUUCCGGUCUGUAUACGCACAGCCAUUUCCUUUGUUAUCAGCCUCAUCCUGGCCGUCGUUGUACAUACCAUCAUCAUCGUCACAUCAUUGUUUGGAGUAGGCCGGCGACGCUUGGAUCAUGAGAGCAGCUUCGAGCGCGGAGGUGGGGCAUUGUCACGGUUGCAUCUUCUUUCUGUGCUGCGAGGGAUGGCUUGGGUGUUGAAGCCUCCAUCAAGCCCGGUCGUGGCGGCGUUCUGGAAGGGCCAGGAGGCCUUGAAAUUAUGUUGCAUGAUGCCUAUGAAAGCAUCCACCUUUGUCUACCAUGGGAAGUAUGAAAGCUGGGUGAGGAUUUCUCAAAACGUGAUUCAUGCCUGACGAUUUCGGAUGCCAUAUGAAAAUGACUGUGACUGUGUACCUGAAAGGGUACUUCGCAACAUGGCAUCGUCAUGCACGUUGACUUUAAUAGAAAACUAGGUUAGAUUUGAUUCCUCGGGGCCAAACGAGGACUUAGCGCUGCCGUGGUCCCGUGAGCAAUUGCCCCAACGGUGGGUCACCUACCAAGGUAAUUGAGGCAUUGGUUGAUGUGGUACCCUCUAUUUCG